CAUGGGCAUGGCUUCACUCUUCAUCAUCCUAACUCUCGUGUCCUACCAUGUUUCAAUCUCUCAUGCAAUUUACUAUAAUGCCCCCAAACCAAUCUCCAUCUACAAUAAAGCACCACGGGCCGUGAACGCAAUCGAUGCAUGUCGGCGUAAAACCACAAAUUGGGCGUAUAAUCGUCGUGCAUUAGCCGAUUGCACCGUUGGCUUUGGUAAAGGUGCUAUUGGAGGAAAAAACGGUAAAACGUAUGUGGUCACAAACCCUACAGACGAUCCGAUAAACCCUAAACCUGGAACCCUACGUUAUGGGGUGAUCCAAACACAACCUUUGUGGAUCGUAUUCGCUAAAGAUAUGGUCAUAAAGCUCAAGAACGAGCUUAUGGUGAAUAGUUACAAGACCAUCGAUGGGCGAGGGGUCAAAGUGGAAAUUGCAUAUGGGCCUUGUAUAACUAUACAACAUGUGAGCCAUGUGAUCAUUCAUGGGAUUAGCAUUCACGAUUGUAAGCCCGGGAAAUCGGGCCUUGUGAGAAACAGUCCAACACACUUGGGCCACCGUCAAGGCUCGGAUGGUGAUGCCAUUGUUAUAUUUGAUUCAUCCUACGUUUGGGUUGACCACUGCUUCCUUGCUCGAGCCAUAGAUGGGCUCAUAGAUAUCAUCCAUGCUUCAACUCUCAUCACGAUCUCAAAUAACUUCUUUUCUCAGCACGAUAAGGUUAUGUUACUUGGCCACAACGACAAUAAUAUGGAAGACAAAAUCAUGAAAGUUACCAUAGUUUAUAACCAUUUUGGAGAGGGUCUAGUUCAAAGAAUGCCAAGGGUGAGACUUGGAUAUGCACAUGUUGCAAACAAUAAGUAUGAUGAAUGGCAUAUGUAUGCAGUUGGUGGAAGUGCAAAUCCAACGAUACUUAGUGAAGGGAACUACUAUACAGCUUCCAAAAUUGCAUCAAUUAGAGAGGUUACAAAAAGGGAGAAUAAUAAGAAUGGUUGGAAGAACUGGAAAUGGAGAUCUUCAAAAGAUGUGUUUCUAGGUGGAGCGUAUUUCAUUCCAUCAGGGUAUGGAAGUUGUGCGCCUGGGUAUUCAAGAGCACAGUCUUUCCCAGUAGCUCAUGGGUCUCAGGUGCCUGGGCUUACUGCAAAUGCAGGGCCACUUCGUUGCACGAAGUACAAAGCAUGUUAAUUUUGUUGAUUCGAUCAAAUUCCAAUUUGGGUUUUUCUUGUUUGUGUUUCAAUUCCGAAAUCUAAUUUGACAUUUUUCUUU